UGUGGAGUGCCGGGGUUUAACUGAUCUUUGACUUGGCAACGCUGGCUGCGACAGCUCCCACUUGGCUCGGAACAUAUCACGGUAUCAGUGUGGUUGAGGACGUUGAAGAGUAAGGAUAUACCACUGCAGUCCUGGAUCGGAAGUAAUGUUGCGAGGAGCAGGAAGAGCGGUGGUGCAGGUGGUGGCCCAGGCCGGUACUACUCAGGGAGGCCUGCUAAAGGUUUCUGCCCCAGCUGCCGCAACUGUCAACAAAAGAUGGCAGGGGGACUAUGAGCGUCACCAGAUCCCCGAACGUCUCCAGUACAUCCCUGAUGCUGAAGAACCAUCCUUCUUCGAGAUGGUCGAGUACUUCUUCCACCGCGGUUGUCAGGUGGUGGAGGACCAGUUGGUGGAGGAGAUGAAGGACCGCAUCACGCUGGAGGAGAAGAGGAACAAGACGAAGGGUAUACUUAAGAUCAUGGAGCCUUGCCACCACGUGCUGGAGGUGGCAUUCCCGGUUAAACGUGAUGACGGUACCUACGAGAUGAUCAGCGGUUACCGCGCCCAACACUCCCUCCACCGCACCCCCACCAAGGGCGGUAUCCGUUACUCUAUGGAUGUGUGUGCUGAUGAGGUCAAAGCUCUGUCAGCCUUGAUGACAUUCAAGUGUUCCUGUGUAGAUGUACCUUUUGGAGGAGCCAAGGCCGGUCUUAAGAUCAACCCUCGUGUUUACUCAAUCAAUGAAUUAGAGAAGAUCACUCGCCGCUUCACCUUGGAACUGGCCAAGAAGGGCUUCAUUGGCCCCGGUGUGGAUGUACCGGCCCCCGACAUGGGUACUGGUGAGCGGGAGAUGUCAUGGAUUGCUGACACCUAUGCCAACACCAUUGGUCAUGAUGACAUCAAUGCUCAUGCAUGUGUCACUGGAAAGCCAAUCAACCAAGGUGGAAUCCAUGGUCGCACAUCAGCUACUGGACGUGGUGUCUUCCACGGUCUUGAGAACUUUAUUAAUGAAGCUUCAUAUAUGUCUAUGAUUGGCAUUACUCCUGGAUGGGGCGGUAAAACCUUCAUUGUACAGGGCUUCGGCAAUGUGGGUCUGCACUCAAUGAGGUACCUCCAUCGUGCCGGUGCUACUUGUGUUGGCAUUAAGGAAGUUGAUGGUGAGAUCUACAAUGCAGAUGGUAUUGACCCCAAGGAACUUGAAAACUGGAAGAUUGAAAAUGGAACAAUUAUGGGCUAUCCGGGAGCUCAGACUUAUCAGGGUGAGAACCUGCUUUAUGAGAAGUGUGAUAUCCUCAUCCCUGCUGCCAUUGAGAAGGUCAUUCACAAAGGAAAUGCUCAUAAGGUCCAGGCUAAGAUUAUUGCUGAAGCAGCCAAUGGCCCCACCACACCUGCUGCUGACAGUGUACUUCGGGACAUGAAUGUGUUGGUCAUCCCUGAUUUGUACAUUAAUGCUGGAGGUGUGACUGUUUCAUACUUUGAAUGGUUAAAAAAUCUCAACCAUGUGUCAUAUGGUCGACUCACCUUCAAGUAUGAAAGAGAAUCCAACUACCAUUUACUGGAAUCUGUUCAGGAGUCACUUGAGCGGCGAUUUGGUCGUGUUGGUGGCAAGAUUCCCAUCGUACCAUCUGAGUCUUUCCAGGACCGCAUUUCUGGUGCCUCUGAAAAGGACAUCGUCCAUUCUGGUCUGGAUUACACCAUGGAACGUUCUGCCAGGGCCAUCAUGAGAACGGCAAUCAAGUACAACCUAGGAAUUGAUCUCCGUACAGCUGCAUAUGUCAACUCAAUUGAAAAGAUCUUUAACACCUACAAGGAAGCAGGUCUCACCUUCACCUAAAUAUAUAUUUCAUACAUAAUGAGAUGUUGUAAGACUACUGUUAAUAUAUCAAGAAGUUAAAUGUCUUAUUCUCAACAAGGAGACCAUGGAAUGAGCUGGAGUUUUAAAAGGAUUCAGUGGUUGAGGUUGGCUGCUUUUUUGAGGUGGAGGUAAAUUGUCUUGGGUGCCUCAGGUACACAUCUUUCUUGGUGGCGUUAAUAAAUCAGAUGUGAACCUCAUAAGCAUUUAUACUUACUUUCUGUCUCUACUGUAUAUAACAUCUAUAAAACAGCAAAUUGUAUGUAUGGAACUACAUUACAGAAUAUGAAGUAAACUUAAAUGUUUGCAUGAGACAAGAUAAAGUAUAUGUCACAUUGUUAUUGAUAUUGAAACUGAAUUUGAGAAUCUUUUUUUAUAAUACUACAGGAAAAUAGUUUUCUUAUCCAUACAUGAUAGACAUGUUGUUAGUAUGUAUAGUUAUGCAUUUCAAUGUUAAUGAACUUCUACUCUUCAUGUUUAGUAAGGCAGGUGACCUUGCAAUGGUUUUAUUUUACUAUUAAAAACCCAAUACUUGGGAAAAUUAA